AUGACUCGGGUGUCUGGGAAGCGAGCCCCACCGACGUACGCGCAGCACGAGCGUCGUUCGCACGCCGCGCGCACUACUAAGACAGGCUACUUCAAGGCGAAGUCGCGCAAAAGGCACCACAUGCGACAGCGAGCUCCUGUGCGUGACUCGGCUCGAGCGUACCGUUGUGGCGUGAUAAAAGUCGCGCCUUUGAGCAAGUACAAGACCUUCUCCAAGGGUGCAUGCUACUCAGGGCCAUUUAUAUCGCGGGUGGGCAAGACAGUGGCGGAGUCUCGCCAUAAGGAUGAGGCACUUCGCGACAUGGCAGAUUUGGUCGACCUGACCAAUGAA